GGGGGUCCGGGGGCGAUGGGGGCGGGCGGCUGGCCCCGGCGCCAGAAGGGUCUGCUGCAGAGCGGAUUCCUCUUGUCGGCUGCGCUGGGUCUGGUGGGCGCGGGGCUGCUGUACGACCACCUGCAGCGGAGGGCCAGGGCGGCCGAGGGCCAAGCCGCCCUGGCCCGGGGGCAGCAGGAGGCCAUGUCGGCGCAGCUGCAAGUGGUGUACGAGCACCGGUCCCGGCUGGAACGCUCCCUGCAAAAAGAGCGUGGGGACCACAAGAAGACCAAGGAAGAUUUCCUGGUGUACAAGCUGGAGGCCCAGGAAGCUCUCAACAAGGAGAAGCAAGAUUCCAUGAACCGUUACGGAGCCCUCAGCUCCCAGCACAAGAUCCUCAAGAACCAGCAUGAGGACGUGAAGAAGCAGCUGCGGGAGCUGCAAGGGCAGCACAACGGGCUGAAGCUGGAGCAGCGCCGGAUGUUGGAGAGCCACGGCCAGCAGCUGGCCCAGCUGCAGCGGGACCGGGACAGCGAGGUUGCCGGCCUGCAGGACUUGGUGUUGAAGCUGCGGGCAGAGAGCCGACUCUUGCGCCAGGCUCACCAGGAGGUGCACACACAGCUGCUUGGAGCCCAGGCCCAGGUGGAGGAGUUCAGGCAGCUCAAGGAGGCCCUGCAGAAAAUGCCGAGUUUCAAGGACCUGGGGCCGGGUCCCCGAGAGCCCUCCUCCAGAGCGGGGGGCAGCCAAGCCCAUCUGGAGCACCCCAAGGUGAUCAUCUCCACUGCCAGGAUUCCCCGUGAAGCCCAGGCCCCAGUGGCUGACCCUCCUGGUCAACCUCCGGCCAGGGUCCCCAACCGCCUGCAGGAGCCUGGCCAGGGCCGUGUGAUCCACCUCGCCAGGGUCGCCAACCCCCGACCCACCAGCCUCCUGUCGAACCAGCGAGUGCAGAAGGGAGCCGAGGCAUGGCUCCAGGAGACUGGGCCCCCCCCGGCGCUGCCUUCUGCUGCUCAGGGCAGGAUGCCCCUGGUCCAUCCCGCCUCCAGGACCCCACCAGUGCAGAUGCAGAGCUGGCAGGACAUUGUCAACAAAGUGAAUGCCCAGAUGGGAGAAGAGCAAGGCGGGCAGAAUGGCAACCUGCCACCAGCAAAUCAGGACAAGGAGGCGGUGCAUCCACCAGCCAAUCAAGGAGGAGACCCCAAGGAAGGAACAGAUGAGGAAGAGUUGGAAAUGGAUGCCGGGAUGAUCGAGAGAGAGGAGGACGUGCGUCCGCAGAAGGAUCCUGCCACUCAAGAGCUCUUGGGGGCAGCCCGGCAGCCUCCCGCUUCACCGACCUGGGUGCCUGAUGAAGCCCCAGGCCCUGCCCAGGACCCCGCCCAGGACCCCAACAACCAGGGGGAAGAUGAAUUUGAGGAGGCGGAACUGGAGAGGCCUGAGUUCGAGGGAGGGACUGGCAAGGCUGGACCCCGACUGGAGAAGGCCAGAGAUCUGCUAGACAACUAUCAGGACAACCGUGAGCCGGAGGACCAUGGUGGUGAAGAGGAUGAGAGUGAGCAACCACAGCUGGUGCCCCAGGGCAGGGGCCGAGUGGCUCUCUCCAGGACCCGUAUCCGGAAGGACAGUUACUACUGACACAUGCUCCUCUCCACCAGGGCCCUGGGGGCAAGGGAGCAAAAGGACUGUGCUCAGCCAGGGUCCUGACCACCUGGUUGCCCAAGGAGGGAGAGCUGAGCUGAGACCUCCCAGACCCCCAGCCUCCUUCCCCCAUUCCUGGCCAAGGCCCUCGGCCCCCCACUGAGGGUGUCCAUGCUGCUAGCCUAGUCUACUUCUGGGUCGGAGACCCCAGUCCUCUUCCCCGCUCCCUGGCGGGGUCUGUAACCCAAAGGGGCCGCUCCCUCCGCGGUCCCUACCUUCCGCAGGAGCCGGACUGGACAGCCCUCCCCGCCUUCGGAGCUGGCUGAGAUAGAUGGAAACAGCCCCUCCCCACGUCCCCUUACUAAUUUCUCAUUAACAAUCAGCGGCUUGGGGAGUGACCACCAGCAGCCUGGCGAGCUCCGUCCAGUGGAGCCAGGGACUCGACGGGGGACCCCAGCUCAAUCCAGGAUGUGCCAGUGGGGACAGGGGAAGGCAGUGAGAUUUAUUUAUUGCAGCUCAAGAGGGGCCAUGUCCUGGACUCACUCUAAGGAAGAUUCCUUCCUUCCACUCCUCCAUUACUGUCAGUGUGAGGCUGAGCCCAGGCCGGCACUCUGCAUCCCCAGCCCCCAUAGCGAUUUCCACAGCCUCUGCUCUCCAAUUUACCCCAGAUCCAGAAUGAGUGGGUGCUCCCACUCCUCCAUCUCCCCUCCAGUCUACACAAUCUCCCCCAGUGCUCACUUACCCUGUCCUAGCUGAAGGUCCAGGGUGACAUCGGACCGAGCGGGACCAGGCGGUCGGCCCUACUCUCCCUGUGGUGGGGGCCGAGUCCGGGCCCGGCUCCCACCUCUGCACAAAGUGUCUAGCCCUAGAGCCAGGCACGCAUCUGUUAUUACUGAUUUUUUUUACACAGAAAAUAAAGUUUUAAUAAUAAUAAUAAUAAUAA